AUGGAAGGCUCCACAGAGCUGUUUGGAGAUAUUAACCUCACCCUUGGGAUGCUGAGUAAAGAAGAUAAUAUUAACAAGGAAGAAAUCUACAGUCAUCUCAUUUCUGCUAUUCAGAAUACUGACAUCUUGGAUGAUGCAAUUGUCCAAACGUUGAUUUAUUACACUUCUAAGGACAUGAGAGAUGAUGAUACUCCCAGAGAAAUCAGAAUGUUAGCUGGUGAGGUGUUGGUAUCUCUUGCUGCUCAUGACUUCAACUCUGUGAUGUAUGAAGUACAAAGCAACUUCAGGAUUCUCGAGCUACCAAAUGAAUUUGUUGUCCUUGCCCUGGCUGAACUGGCAACCAGCUAUGUGUCCCAGAGCAUUCCCUUCAUGAUGAUGACCCUGCUCACCAUGCAGACCAUGCUCAGGCUGGUGGAGGAUGAAAAAAUGAGAGAAACUUUCUGUAUAGCCCUUGAGAAAUUCAGCAAGGCCAUUUACAAAUAUGUCAACCACUGGAAAGACUUCCCCUAUCCCAAAUUGGAUACCAACAGGCUCUCUGACAAGAUCCUUAUGCUGUUCCAGUACAUCAUGGAGAAAUGGGCCCCCACAGCAUCACCCACACAUACUUUGGCCAUAAUCAAGGCCCACGGUCCCACGAUGAGCCUGCUGCUGCAUCGAGAGGACUUUUGUGAAUACGUCCUGAACCAAGUGUCCUGGCUACUGAUCCAGUACAGUGACAAAGAUACUGAUUUCUACAUCACGCAGAGUCUAAAACAGAUACUGACUGCAGUUGUCCUCUAUGACAUUGGCCUCCCUAGGAACCUGAGAAGAUCCAUCUCCAGUUGUUUGCUCCACCAGACCUGCAGACUUGUACAGCCUCCAAUAAAGGAAAAUGAAAUUGAAGCUUCAAGCUGUUUUCUCCUCCUAGCCCACUCCAAUCCUGCAGACCUGCUGGAUUUUUUUGAUGAACAGAUAAGAAGUAACAACGAAGCUGUUCGAACAGGAAUCUUAACUUUGCUAAGAUCAACUAUCAAUGCUGAGGAGUCCAAAUUGAGGAAUCACAUCACUUCAAUUGAAAAAACAGUCAAAGUUGUCAUGGGAGACCUCAAUGCAAAAGUGAGGAAAUCCACCCUUCUCCUUAUCCAAACCAUGUGUGAAAAGUGCUACAUUGAAGCUCGAGAAGGAUGGCCCUUGAUUGAUUAUAUCUUCUCCCAGUUUGCCAUGUCCAGCAGGAACCUGGAAACCCCAGCAAAAUCGAACUCCCAAGAGGAUGAAAAGGGGGAAAAAUCUGUUCAAGAAACAAGCCUUGAGGUCUUAAAAACCCUGGACCCACUGGUGAUUGGCAUGCCCCAGGUGCUAUGGCCACGAAUCCUAACUUUUGUGGUACCUGUGGAAUAUACAGGAACUCUAGCCUACCUGUUUAAUAUCAUCAGAAUUCUGAUUAUGGCAGAGAAGGAGAAGAAGCAUGAUGUCCAGGAGUCAACAGCACUUGUCAUCUCUACAGGAGCUGUGAAACUUCCUUUACCACAACAGCUACUGGCCAGACUUCUGGUAAUAGCUGUGCUUGCCAGUGUAGGGAAGUUAUGUGGAGCUGGCGCAAUUGGACUUCUGAAGAUGCUACCUGAGAUCAUCCAUCCCGCAUUGGUAGGCCUGUGGAAAACACGCUUACCUGAGCUCCUACAGCCUCUCGAAGGAAAGAAUGCCAAUACUGUGCUGUGGGAAACUGUGCUGCUGCAGUUGCUCAAGGAAUCUUUAUGGAAAAUCAAUGAUGUGGCCUGGACCAGUCAACUGAGUCGGGAUUUCAACCAGCAAAUGGAUAAUUACAGCAACACCUCCAUGGAGAAGAAAUUCCUUUGGAAAGCCUUGGGAACCACCUUAGCAUCCUGCCAAGACACAAACUUUGUAAGCUCACAGAUCAAAGAGUUCCUGGUUGCUCCCAGUCAAUUGGGGGACCAAAGACAGGGAAUAACAUCUAUUUUAGGAUACUGUGCUGAGAACCACUUGGAUAUUGUCUUAAAAGUUCUUAAAACAUUCCAAGAUAAGGAGAAAUUUUUUGUGAAUCGAUGCAAGGGUAUUUUUUCUGGGAAAAAGACCCUGACCAAGACUGAUCUCAUCUUGGUCUAUGGAGCUGUGGCCCUCCAUGCACCCAAGAAGCAACUUCUCACCAGGCUUGAUCAAGACAUCAUGGCCCAAAUCCUGUUUCUCUAUGGCCAAUGUUCUCAGGUUCUGGGAAUGUCUGUGAUGAAUAAGGACAUGGAUCUGCAAAUGAGUUUCACAAGAAGCAUCACUGAGGUUGGCAUCGCUGUCCAAGAUGCUGAAGACCAGCAGUUCCAGUUUUCCUAUAAAGGGAUGCUGAUCGGUUACAUGCUGAACUUGGUAAGGGAUGAACCCCUGAACUCCUUAGCUAGUCCUGUUCGGUGGAAAGCCUUAAUCGCCAUCAGAUACUUAAGCAAACUGAAACCUCAGCUUCCACUAAGUGACCACCUUAAUAUUCUUGAAGAGAAUAUUCGGAGACUGCUGCCCCUUCCGCCUUUGGAAAAACUCCUAAGUGAGGGAGAAACAGACAAAGACAAGGAACGCAUUAAGUUUCUCUACGAGCGAUCUAUGGAUGCUCUCGGAAAGCUUCUGAGAUCCAUGAUGUGGGGUAAUGUGGAUGCACAGAACUGUGAAGAAAUGUUCAGCCUUCUCCGAAUGUGGCUUGUUUCUCAGAAAGAGUGGGAAAGAGAAAGAGCUUUCCAGAUCACCGCAAAAGUGCUGACAAAUGAUAUUGAGGCACCAAAGAACUUCAGAAUCGGGUCACUGCUUGGGCUCCUGGCUCCUCACUCUUGUGACAGCCUUCCCACCAUCCGCCAGGCAGCUACGAGCUCCACUGUCGGUCUAUUCUGUGCAAAAGGCAUUCCCAUGGAAGUGGAAAGGCUGCAGGGCUUACAGGAAGGGCUGGAAUGUGCUGAUGAGCAGAUCCACAUCAAGAUUUCCUCCAAAAUAGCUAAGAUUGUUUGCAAAUUCAUACCCACUGAAGAAAUUCAGACAUUCUUGGAGGAAGCACUGGAUGGUCUGGAAACUCUCAACCCCAUGUGCACAAAGGCCUGUGGCAUAUGGAUGAUCGCUGCCCUGAAGGAGCAUGGGGUUUCUCUGGAAGACCAGUUGCUGGAGAUCCUGAACACAAUUUACCACCACAUGCCAGUCCUCAGACAAAAGGAGGAAAGUUUUCAGUUUAUGCUGGAAGCUGUCUCCCAGAUAGCCAGCUUUCACAUGAAUGCAGUUGUUGUCAACCUGCUACAGAAGCCUCUGCCCUUCGACAGGGACACAAAGACAUUGUGGAAGGCACUGGCUGAAAACCCAGCCUCCAGUGGAAAGCUCAUGAGAACCUUGACAAAUAAACUGGAAGCCAAGUUAGAAGAUGACAUUGCUGGGGUAGAUGCAAUUUCAGUGGCCUGUGCUAUGUAUGAGGUGAUCUUAACAGGAGCCCAUGUUACUCGCUUGUAUCCUGAGCUGUUCACCCUCCUUCUGAAGCUGGUCAGCUGCAUGCUGGGCCAGAAGAUGCCAAUUUCUGCCUUGAGGCACAGGCGACGUGUGAUGCAACUGGGGGAACAGCAGCAGGUACCAGACCCCUGCAGGCUUGCAACUGCAACUCUGAAAUGUUUGCAAGCCCAAGCCAUGAAGGAAGGCCUUGCAAAAGAGUCUGAUGAGGGUGACAGUUUAUGGACCCUUCUUAGCAAUCCUGAUACCCAUCACACAGGCGUGUGUGCACUGGCUAGGAGUAUGGCAGUCUGGCAACAUGGAGUCAUAUUGGACAUCAUGGAACACCAACUCUCAUCUCUCACCUCCUCCUCAGAGAACUACCGGAUAACUGGCACGGCCUUCUUCUCUGAGCUUAUGAAGGAGCCAAUCCUUUGGAAGCAUGGAAAUCUGAGAGAUGUUCUGAUCUUCAUGGAUCGGAGUGCCUGGGAUUCCAAUGUUAUUCUAAGGCAAAUGGCCAUCCGAGGACUGGGCAACACAGCUUAUGGGGCUCCUCACAAGGUGAAGCAUAAGCGGAUAAUGUUAGAAUCUAUCAUCAGAGGGCUAUAUCACUUGGCUCAUACUGAAGUCGUCUGUGAAAGCUUGAAGGCUCUGAAAAAGAUCCUGGAGCUGCUCACAGAAAGCGAUGUAAGCUUCUACUUCAAGGAAAUAGUGCUGCAAACAAGAACCUUCUUCGAAGAUGAGCAAGAUGAUGUGAGAUUGACCGCCAUCUUCUUAUUUGAGGAUCUAGCAUCCCUAACAGGAAGAAAGUGGAAGAUAUUUUUUGCUGAAGAAAUAAAAAAGAGCAUGAUUUCAUUCCUUCUCCACCUCUGGGAUCCUAAUCCCAAGAUUAGAGCUGCUUGCCGUGAUGUCUUGGUCUUCUGUAUCCCUUUCCUGGGCCUUCAGGAGCUCUAUGGGUUAUUAGACCACCUCCUUGAACAGGACCUUCCAUGGGCCAGGGAUUUCUAUAGGCAAUUCUGCAUGAAACUGGCCAAGAAGAACCAGGAAAUUCUGUGGAUCCUCUACACACAUUCAUUCACUUUCUUUGCCAGCAGCUGGGAGGUAAUCAGGAGCGCAGCCAUCAAGCUCACAGAUGCCAUUAUUCUCCAUUUGACCAACCAAUAUGUGGAGCUGUUAGACAAAGAACAGUUCACCCUGCGCCUACAAGCACUUCGGCAGGACCCCUGUAUCAGUGUCCAAAGAGCAGCUGAAGCUACCUUACAGACCCUCCUGAGACAAUGUAAAGGGAACAGUAUCCCAUUGUAA